AUGGAUGAUGGAGGGUCUACAACAAACCUGUUAAGUCCAAUAAAAGAUAUGGGGGCCGAAACAGGUGUUGGGAUUGAUAAUUUGUCAUCACAAUUAGUACAUGGUAUGGAUCACACAACUACUCCAAAUGAAGAUACGACAAGUCAUAUUCCUAAUGAAAAUGAAAGUGUGACAGAAAAAAAUAACGAAGCUGGUGAAGAUGAAGUACAAUUAACGAGAAAACGAAAAAAAACAUCAAAAGUAUGGGAUGACUUUGUUGUAGUUACACUCCGAGAUGGUGCGAAAAAAGCCGAGUGCACUCACUGUAAGUCGAGGUUGGCUCCUAGUGGGUGUGAUGUGGAUUUUGUGCCACCAUUGAUCGGACCGGAUACAAAAUAUGAUGAAAACAAGAUGAGGGAGGCCAUAGCUAAUUGGAUACUAAGUACUGAGCAACCAUUUGCUACUAUGGAAGAUGUCAUGUUUGUGAAAAUGAUGAAGACAACUACUCCAUUGUUUGAGAAAGUAAGCAGAGUUACAAUUACAUCAGACUGUUUUAAGGUAUACGAGCAUGAGAAGAAAAAGUUGAAAGCCCUUACAAAAGCUGCCUCUAAAAUCAGUUUAACAACUGAUUGUUGGAAGUCUUCGCAUCAGAAAGUUGAGUAUAUGGUUAUUACUGCACACUUUGUAGAUCAUAAUUGGAGAUUACAGAAACGUGUAUUAAGUUUUGUACAUGUUCCUCCUCCUCGUACUGCGGUUGAUAUUGCUGAUGGUAUUUACAAGUGUUUGCAAGAGUGGGAAAUUAAAGAUAAGAUUUUCACCAUCUCAGUUGACAACGCAGCUUAUAAUGACAAAGCUUUAAGAAGAUUGAAAGAAACUUUUUCGCGUGUAAAAAAACUUUCAUGUGGUGGUAGAUUAUUUCAUAUACGGUGUUGUGCACAUAUAUUGAAUCUUCUAGUGAAAGAUGGUCUUGCAAUAAUUGAUCAUAUCAUCGGUGAUGUUCGUGAGGGUAUAAAGUAUAUUAACAAUUCGGAGGGUAGACGUCUAAAUUUUUCAAAGGCUGCACAUCAAAUGCAAAUACGUGAUCGGAAGUUAAUGCUUGAUGUUCCAACACGAUGGAAUUCAACCUAUGAUAUGUUGUGCAUGGCUCUAAAGUUCAAAGAUGCUUUCCCAAGGUAUGCAGAGUAUGAACCACAUUUUCAUCACUUGCCAACUGACGAAGAUUGGGAAAAUGUUCAAAGUGUAUGUGAAAUUUUGAAGGUUUUUAAGGUGUGCACGAAUAUCAUCUCAGGCAGUGAUUAUCCUACUGCUAAUUUAUAUCUAAUUGAAGUGUUUAGAGUGAAGCAAACUCUUGAUAAAGGCUCAUUAUCUGCAAAUGAUUUUAUUCGUGAUAUGGUGAAGAAAAUGAAGGAAAAGUUUGACAAGUAUUGGGGUGAGUGCCACCUUGUAAUGGCAAUAGCUUCUGUGUUAGAUCCACGGUUCAAGAUGAAGUUGGUUGAGUUUUGUUUUCCAACACUUUAUCAAAAUUCAGACGAGAACAUUAAAGAAGUGAAGAAUGCACUUUAUGAAAUGUAUUCAGAGUAUUUAGAGAUGCAUGAUACAUUAGUUAGGGAAUCUGCAGCACAUGGAAGCGAACAUGAAAGAAAUGUUUUAAGGUUGAAUGAAGGUACAUCACUUGGAUCUGAAUGGGAGGCGUUUGGAGAGUUCAUAAAGGCUGUAGAUUUGGAGAGACCAGAAAAGUCAGAGCUUGAUAUGUAUUUAGAAGAAGGUGUUUAUAGGGAGAAAGGACAAACAGGAACGGAAUCAUUUAAUGCUUUAGAGUGGUGGAAUGUGCACAAGUUAAAGUAUCGUGUUUUGUCAUUGAUGGCUAGAGAUGUACUUCCAAUCCCGAUUUCUACUGUUGCAUCUAAAGCAACUUUUAGUGCCGGGGGUAGAGUUAUUGAUCCAUAUCGAGCUUCAUUGGGGUCCGACACAGUACAAAUGUUGAUUUGCGGAGGAGAUUGGAUUAGGCAAGUUCAUGGAGUCAAGAAAAAAUUAAAGAAGGAGGAGUUUCCUAUUGAGGUUUUACUGCCUGAGGUGAACACAAAGUAA